AUGAGCCUCCAGCACGCCAGCGGUUCUCCCUCGGGUGAUAUCAGACAACACAUUAAAAGACUGUCGCCCCUGGAUAUAAUCAGACUCAACUCUCUGGAUUGUGCCAACAGCCCAGCUGACGUAGUCAAGGAGCUUAUUGAAAACUCUUUGGAUGCUGGGGCCACGGUUGUCAAGGUCUUCUACUCCUACUAUGGAUACAGAGAAAUCGCGGUUUAUGACAACGGAUUGGGGAUUUCUGGCUAUGACGAUAGCUUCGAGGUCAUUGCCAACAGUAAUUGCACGAGCAAGAUCCGCAUCUACGACGAGAUCUUCUCUGUGCGGACGUACGGAUUCCGAGGCAACGCCCUAAUGUGGAUCAGUUUAAAGGGAGAGCUUCAGAUAUUCAGCCGCGGGAGCGAUGAUGCAAAAGUCAUGCGAGCCAUCUAUGUCAACGGUGGUCUCUUUUCUAUCGUCUCUAUUCGCACAGAGGACGAGGAGUACGUCCUUCGGUCGUUUGUUGGUCAUACUACCAUAGACGUGUCAGGAAGAUUCACCAUUAUGGUUGUCUCGAAUUUUGGCGAUAGUCGCCGUGAAACGGAGAUGUCUCCUUCUACACAAAGGAGCGAGCUGGAGGAUACCGUUAAGCGCUACGCCAUACCCCACUAUGACAAAGAGUUCCUUCUCUACGAUACAGAUAUGAACAUUCCCAUUCUUGCUUUGGAAAAGCGGCCCAGUAUCUAUGACAGGCUAUUUGAUAUCCGACGAGAUAUAUUUACCUCAGGUCACGUUGAGGGCGGGCAAGCUAGGGCUCCAUCAGAUACACCUACUGGGGCGCCAUCUCACUUGAUCACCCGAUCGACCACCUUAUACAUUUCAGAGAAGGAAAUCUUGCAAAGCCCUUUCUAUGUUGCCAUUAAGAACAAGCACGAGAGUCGUCGUUCUCUUUCUACAUGCGCCCCUUCUAUUUCUAUAGAGAACCACGACACAGCUACCUGUACUACACGGGUUUCGAGCACAUGUACGGCUAGGGCCAGGGAUGCCCGUAGUCCAGAGACCUUCCGGGUGGUGAAUCUCGAUCAACGUGAAACUCUGAAAAGGACGUCAUCUGCUCCAGCUUCCCUUGGAUCACCGGUCAUGUCUACUCUUCCUCCAGUUCCUGAUACUCUUUGGUACACAGACGCGGUCACAAAGGGGGACAACUCGGCCCAGAUUCGACUUGUUCCACAACUAACUCCAUUACUCCUAGCAUCGUACUCCACUGGAUCCUUACACUUAUCAGAAACCUCAGCAGCCCCAGGAAAGCAGUUACAUUUGAAGCACUGUCGCUUCAUUAGAGAACUUAGUCACCAUUGUCCAUCGCACCAUAGCUAUGUCGCUGCACUUCAGAUUUCCAUCCACGCAAGCAAUCCACUAAUUCAUCCUAUAGCUAGAAAAAGUUCACAGCAAACUGCGCUCAUAAAUAGCCUCGUUACUGGCAAGACGAUGAUGAAUGCAAAUUUGGCCGUGCUCCUAUAUUAUAAUAAACGGCCAGUCAUUUCAAAGCGUCUUUUCGACGGAAUACAUGCAUGCAUAAACGCGUAUUUCAAGGAGAUCUGCGGCCCUAGCCUACUGUUGAUAAUCAUGGAAUCGGUUCAGGGCACCUGCUUCUGCGACUUGGAUAGAACCCCAGAGAAGAAGUUUAUUACAUUUGGAAAGUACAUUGGGAAACUUAUUCAGGAGAGAAUCCUGAGGCUGUUGUCAUCCAUCUUUUCAAAGAAUCUGGGUCGCAAACGGGUGCGGCUCAAUGAACACCAGCGUCUCCUGGCGAAGGCUAAUAUGUUUGGCGACUCAUUAGACAUAGGUGCCAGCGCCAACUCCCACGCCUUGCGAUUAUUAGGCGGACUUCAUGGUGUGGCGCGGAUGGAUCCAGCAAAGCUUCUCGACUUUGAUUACAGGCUCAGUCUCUUCUUUGAAAAGUGCACUCAGUACCUUUAUGAACGGAUCUUCGAGGGCGCGGCUGGGAGCGAGUACCAUAGCGGGGUAACAAACCUUGACUCUCGCGCGGCAACGCGGCAUAUCAACAACAAUGUGAUCGUCAAGACAAUUAAACUGUAUCGUGAGGAGUUCAAAACCUUCGAUCCUUAUGCUCUGGUGCACCGGAACGUUUCUGAGGAGGUUAUGGGCCACAACGGCCCACACUGCCAGACACUCACUUCAAAUCGCUCUCCUAUGGGCGAACAAGGCAGUUGUCGAAAGAGCCACACAGUUGAAGCACGUAGUCCAAGACAGACAGGGUCACAUAAGAGCGCUCAGUCCUGCAAAAUCAGCAAGGUGACCACAGAUAUCAUGAAGCGGGUUCUUGGCUGUGACUUUCACACCAUCAGAAGUCUCAACAAUCCAGUCAAGAAGAAUUACAAGGCCUUGUUUCUGUCUACCUAUCUGCUCUAUGGUUCGCAGUAUGCGUUGAUCAAAAGCUUCACCUUGAUGCGUCCGGAUCUCAUCACUGGUAUUUUGCAAUUGGCGCCACAUGUUGGCCAUUCUCUCAACUAUGGUUCUGGCGUUUCUCUCAGCGUCUUGGCGGCUAUCUUCAACUCCAUUAAUAGUUCCUCUGCCCCAACUGCGGUGCGGUAUUCUAAGGUGUAUGCCCUGUCCAGCUGCCAGGAAUCUAGUGACUGGGUUUCUGAGGCCAAAUUUGUGGCCAGGAAUCCGUCUAGCAGCGUCUUUGCACUCAGAUCUAGACAUACCAGACACUCCUUGCAGGGCAAACAAAAGAACAGCCAUAUUGCCCCGCCUCCGUCUUCUACUGUCAAGCUCGUCGGUAGCGCACCUGAUGUCCAGCUUCCUGAGACAGUUUCCUCCCGACUAGACACGUCUUACAUACCAACUAUGACUGCUAGCAUGGCGUCGCCCCUCCUAGAGUAUUUGACGCAAUUUGCCACCAAGACUGCACACCCAACAUCUUACCAGGACGACUGCACCGACAUCUCCGAAGUCCCGCUGCACGAACCUGCCGGACUCUCUACCAGCAGCGAGUCAAGCAGAUCUCCCUCACUAUCGACUUCUCGACGCCCCCGUCCCAAACUGAGCUCCCUCACCAUUCCCAGUGACGAUACUUCAAAUAUGGGAAAAACUGAGGCUCAGUGCAACUCUGAAUCGCAGGAGCAUGAUGCUUUAGAGUACUGUGAAAUCUUCAAUCCGAUCUCAGAGGCAGAAAAAUCGAUUGAAAGCGUUGUCAAGCAACGUGAUCUAACUCUUUCGUCAGAGGAUUAUCAAGAAGAUAACUAUUACAAACUAAAAAGGUUCACUCGAGUAUUUGACCUUGACGUAAUUAGGUCACGCUUUCAUCACCUUGAGAACCAUGUAAUCCUCGUUCUCGAAGAAGAACUGAAGGAGAAAAGGCCCAUUAGCCAUAUUUUAGGGCCUAGCCCCAGAGAGGCUCGGGCGGCAAAAGAAAAGCAGAAAACACUUGUUGAUUCUUCCGGGAAAAGGGAGAUUUUCACAGAAGCAGAUAUUAAAACAAUGGGGAAGCAACGAUUAGAUGCCAUGUCAGAUGCUAUCUCAACCAGCGAGCCGAUUUCACUAGCCCGCAUAAAUAGCUAUAUUCAGAGCCAGAAAACGUUGAUUUCAAAGGCAGAGCUGAAUAUUGGAAAUCUGAUCAACAUAGAUGGCACUAUUGUGGCAUAUUACAAUCUUGACAAUUAUUGCUGCAAUCUAAAUGCAACCAGAGUGACAACUAAGGUAUUCAAGAUCAUUCUUCUUAAGUACUGGUUGGGAAACGCAGUAAAAAGCCUCUACAAUCCAUCCGUUUCCUUUCACAAAGUUCCCUUGAUGCGUGUGCCAGCGCACUACAACGUGCUCAUCGAGACGUUUAUCGAUCUGUUUGUAGCAGUGGGUAUCGGCGUCUCUGUAGCUGAUAAUAGAGUGGUAGCGGCGUCAACAAAAGUCACAGGCAUGGCCCCUAUUCCCAGCCAGAUAUGCAUUCAAUUACUAAUUCACCCCCUGCUACUCGUCAGCGAAUAUUAUCAAUGCUUUAGGCUUCUAUUUGAAGCAAACAAGACAGCAGUGCCGACUGAGUCUGACUUCGAGCAAUUCUUAUCCAAAAUUCAGCUGCUUCUUUUCUACGAUCAUCUGGAAGCCCCGGACCCUAUCAGUAUUGGAAAGCACAAGGCGCUUCGGAAGAGACUAGGUGUGCUGACCUAUGGACAUCCGAUACGUAUCGAAUGCUUGAAAGAUAUAAAUUACACUAUUCCUUACUCCAACAAGACCAUUAAACUGUUUAUCCACUACUACUGUGAGUUCCUGGCUACCCACUUUAUCCGCGUAGCGUACGAAAGUCAGUCUGCAGAGGUCAUCAGAGCGUACUUCCGCCUCGUCAUUGAUCAUCUGAGCGUGGAAGACUUGGACACGCCAUACAAGAUGCCAAUCUAUACAGAGAACGAGGCCCCGGCGAUUGACCAGACGCUGUGA